AGCAGAAUGAAGGUCGACGAAAUUAAGUGCAACUCUGCUAAGAUCCAGCGAGUGGCGGCGCACUCCCACGUCAAGGGCUUGGGUCUCGACGAGCAGGGAGUUGCCAUACCUCAAGCCGCCGGUCUGGUGGGUCAGAAAACGGCGCGCGAAGCAUGUGGUGUAAUCGUCGACAUGAUACGCUCACGGAAAAUGGCUGGGAGAGCAGUUCUGCUCGCGGGACCUCCCGGAACUGGCAAGACAGCUUUAGCCUUGGCAAUCUCACAGGAGCUGGGAAACAAGGUCCCUUUCUGUCCCAUGGUGGCCUCGGAGGUGUACUCGAACGAAGUGAAGAAAACAGAAGUCCUGAUGGAGAACUUCCGUCGAUCGUUGGGCCUCCGUAUUAAGGAGACCAAGGAAGUCUACGAAGGUGAAGUCACCGAAAUCACCCCGGUGGAGACAGAGAAUCCCAUCGGAGGCUACGGGAAGACGAUCUCCCAUGUUCUCGUCGGUCUGAGAACUGCGAAGGGAACGAAACAAUUGAAGCUGGAUCCAGCCAUCUACGAAGCACUUCAGAAAGAAAAAGUGGAGGUCGGUGAUGUCAUCUAUAUCGAGGCAAAUUCUGGUUCUGUGAAACGACAAGGGAGAAGCGAUGUUUUCGCGACAGAGUUCGACCUCGAAGCUGAGGAAUAUGUUCCCUUGCCAAAGGGCGAUGUUCACAAGAAGAAGGAGGUCAUUCAGGACGUCACGCUCCACGAUCUGGACGUUGCGAACGCUCGACCACAGGGCGGUCAGGACAUUCUCUCCAUGAUGGGCCAGCUGAUGAAACCGCGCAAAACCGAAAUCACCGACAAAUUGCGGAAAGAGAUCAACAAGAGCGUCAAUAAGUACAUCGACCAAGGUAUCGCCGAACUGGUAUCGGGUGUUCUUUUCAUCGACGAAGUUCACAUGCUCGAUAUUGAGUGUUUCACAUUCCUUCACCGCGCCAUGGAGUCGAUGAUCGCUCCGGUGGUCGUGAUGGCCACGAACAGGGGCCGGUGCCACGUGAGGGGUACGGGACAGCUUGCUCCGCACGGUGUUCCUCUCGAUCUUCUCGAUCGGCUGCUCGUCGUCAGGUUGACGCCCUACAACCAAGAGGAAGUGAUGCAGAUUCUGAAACUUCGAGGAACGACUGAGCAGCUCGAGCUCGAGGAUGAGAGCUACCAGGAACUUAGCGAGAUCGGAGUUAGGGCCACGUUGAGGUACGCGGUGCAACUCAUGAGUCCUGCAGCUCUAGUCGCUAAGAUCCACGGUCGGAAGGAGAUCAAGAAGUGUGACAUUGUAGAAUGCGAUCAACUUUUCAAAGACGGCAAAAGCUCCGCGAAGAUGCUCAAAGAGCAGGGGGUCAAGUAUCUGAAGUGAGCAGUCAUUCUUCCACGUCUUUGUACAUUCUUGUAUUCACUGUAAUAUUCCUAAUAAAAUUGUCGA